AUAAUCAUUUUUUCCUGCAAGUUCAACUGCUCCUAUUUAUGAUCGUUUCCUUCAAUAAAGCAAAAGUUUUGGAGGCUUCAAGUCUUUCACUUGAAUAAACUAAUCCAUAGUUUCAGAUUCGAAGCCAAAGCAACGAUUUGCUAGCAAGAGUUUAAAAUCUUCGAGUUGGAAGGACGAUAUGUGAUUCCAAGGUCUGACCUGAAAAUCGGCACCGUGAAGACAUGCACAGGAUGUUAAGAACAGAUGCCCGAUGCAUAGGAAGGUCCAAGGCUAUAUAAGAAACUCUUUUCAGAUGCGAGCGGGGAAUGAGCUUCGAUGGCAAUCUUAGGAGCACCAUUUUUGUGAUUUGAUUCUCAGGGGCCGCUCGCUUGCGUCUCGCCAUCGGACCCAGAUCGAGCCGAGCGACGGGUUCACGCUUCACACGCAUCAGCACCGUUCACGGGGCGUGAGAUUCAUCGGAUCGUCCAUCUCCCAUCUUCUCUUCCUGCUUGGUUCUGAUCCUAGAGCUCCAUCUCCCUCUAGGCUCUCCAAUCUCCCCUUCUUUCUAUCUUCUGCUUUUACGGGUGGAUCUGUUUAUGACUUCUAGGCUUUAGCCAUCUGAUUGAUUGAUAGGCGUCGUCGUCUCUCUUGAAAUCAAGAAGAGGAUCGAUCUUCUGUUCUGGUCCCUUCUCUCUCGUGUGGACUGAUUUUGGUUCUCUGUUAUACCAUGUUCCUAUGAUGGUUAGAUCUGGUUCGCCUUUAAAUUUAAUCGCCUAAUUGGUUGAAACCCGUCUUUAUUUUUUGGUGAAAUCGGAGAAGGGGAUCGGAUUUUUCCGGCUUACUGUGAACAUGAUGGGCUCUGAGAACCAUGAGAUAGAAGAGGACCAUCCGUUGAGUUCCAAGGAAGAAAUGGAAAACCUCGUGCUAGAUGAUCCCCUUCAGACCGUUUCCUUGCAUUCGUAUAGCGACUACAAAAGCGUUAUGUCAUCGGUGAGCGAUUCCCACCAUCCGCUAUCACCUCCCUCUGAUCCUCUUCUCUCUCCCUACAAGGACUCCUCUCCGAAGGGAGAGAAGGGUUUGGUGGAUACAUCGUUUCUAGAGCCCCCAUCUUACGCAGAGGCCGUCUUCAGCCCAUUUGGGCAGGAGCGGGACGUUUCCGAGAAUGGGCACGAUGGUGCACCGGGGAAUUCUUCGGGAAGGUUCGACCCUUCUUCACCUUCUUCAGCCGAGUCGGGUUCUUCAGCCGCCGAGUAUCUACGGAUCGCGGUCACGGAUCCUCAGAAAGAGCAGGAGAUGACGAACUCGCUUGUUCCCGGAGGGAGCACGUACGUUACUUAUCUGAUCACGACGAAGACAAACAUGCCGGCAUAUGGUGGUUCGAAUUUCGUCGUCAGGCGCCGAUUUCGUGAUGUUGUCACUCUAUCUGAUCGCCUUGCAGAGUCAUACCGUGGGUUCUUUAUCCCCACACGGCCGGAUAAGAAUGUGGUUGAAAGCCAGGUUAUGCAGCAGCAAGAAUUCGUGGAGCAGAGGAGACUGUCACUAGAGAAGUAUCUCCGUAAAUUGGCAGCGCAUCCGGUGAUCAAAAGGAGUGAAGAGUUGAGAUUGUUUCUUCAGGUUCACGGGAAGCUGCCAUUAUCCUCAACCACAGAUGUAGCGUCUAGAAUGCUUGACGGGGCGGUGAAGCUUCCACGCCAAUUAUUUGGUGAAUCUGCGAGAACGAUCUCUCCGCAAGACGUUGCUCAGCCUGCUAAAGGGGGAAGGGAUCUGCUUAGGAUCUUUAAGGAGUUGAAGCAAUCUGUAGCUAAUGACUGGGGUGGUUCAAAGCCCCAAGUGGUUGAAGAGGACAAUGAGUUUUUGGAAAAGAAGGAAAAAGUGUUGGAUCUUGAGCAACAACUCAGCAAUGCAUCGCAACAGGCUGAAGGACUUGUGAAAGCUCAACAAGAUAUUGGAGAAACAAUGGGAGAAUUAGGAUUAGCGUUCAUUAAACUAGCAAAGUUUGAGACAGAUGUUGCUACUUUUAAUUCACAGAGAGUAAGAGCAGCUGAUACGAGGCAAGUUGCCACAGCAGCUGUUAAAGCGAGCAGGUUCUAUCGGGAGUCAAAUGCACAAGCAGUCAAACAUUUGGACAAACUUCAUGAGUAUCUUGGUCUAAUGCAAGCCAUCCGUAGUGCAUUCUCAGAUCGAUCCAGUGCCUUAUUGACCGUGCAAACACUUUCAUCUGAAUUAUCUUCCAUGAGUUCAAGAGCUGAAAAGCUUGAAGCUGCUUCCUCAAAAAUAUUUGGUGGAGACAAAACUAGGAAUCGCAAAUUGGAAGAGCUGAGGGAAGCAAUAAAAGUUACUGAAGAUGCUAAAAACUCUGCAGAGAAAGAAUAUGAAAGGAUUAAGGAAAACAACAGGAGUGAGCUUGAAAGGUUUGGCAAAGAAAAAACAAGCGACUUCUUUGGCAUGUUAAGGGGAUUCAUAAUCAAUCAGGUUGGGUAUUCGGAGAAGAUAGCCGGUGUAUGGGCACAAGUUGUGGAAGAAACAAGCGGAUAUGCAAAAGAGAGCAGUUGAGGUUUUUGUUGUAAAUGAAUUUUGUGCCUGUUCUUUUCCAUUUGUACAUUACGAUGAGUACCCAAAAUGGCCACAGAAUAAACAGGGUCUGUAAUAUAUGGUCUAACCAAACUCGCUUUGAUUAUGUCAAUGCCCUGUUCCUAGUGAGUUUCCUGAUUUGAAGCAA